AUGAGUAUUAAUAUCAUUAACAAUUUAAAAUCAAACCAACUUAUGAUGCUCCUUCCCGAACGUAUUUCUGAGUUCGCUGCUCAUAUGGCAUGUUAUAUUUGGUUCAGCGACUAUCAACAACAACCAUCAAAUAACACUAAUAGCAACAGUAAUUCCAUUAUCGAUGUUCAAAGCUCUUCAAAUUGGUCAUUAUCCUUGGAAAUUCCUCCAGGUGGUUCAUACGUCAAUUGCCAAAGAUUCAACGAAUACAAACCAAAAGAUCCCUUCAAGAAAUUUUGUUUGGACGUAUUAGCUACAACUCAAAUAUCGUUUCCUGCUGUAUUAUUAUCGCUACUCUAUAUUCAUCGUAUGAAAAUACGUAAUCCAAAAAUAAAAGGUCAGAACGGUUCCGAGUACAGAACAUUCACUGUCGCGUUGAUGUUGGCAAAUAAAUUUCUUGACGAUAACACUUAUACUAAUAAAACUUGGUCAGAAGUGACUAGGAUACCCGUUGCUGAAAUAAAUACCAUGGAAAUUGAGUUCUUGAGUGCCCUUCAAUACAAAUUGUUCGUUUCAAUAGACCAUUACAAUGAUUGGUUACAAAAAAUCACGCCCACAUCUACCUACUCUUACAACAAUCCAAGUCAACCUACUAUAGAAAUUGGAUCUACUUCAUACAAUAAUUAUUUCGGUAAUUUACUUUUACCUUUAACCACAGCUACUGUCGUUUAG